ACAGCCUCACCGUUUCUUGACCCUACAAAUGCCUAACACUUGGCAGCUCGACGGAUUGCACUUCUUGCUGUCGACUGCACUUCCGCUUUUACAUUCUUUAUUGCUCGUCUUUUUCUUAUUCCUAUUCAACCAUCAACUUGGACGAGUAGGUGUUGGUGACGUCCAGGACAUGAUUUCAUUCUACAAAAAAAAAAAAAGUAAAAAACAUAAAAAACACUUUAUUUUUUUAUGUUUUUACUUUUUGGAUGAAUGUAUCUUGAAAGAAUAAAAUCAACCCAAGACUUUUUAUUCCACAACAAGAAAAAAAAAAUUGCGAUGGCAUGAAUAUGACAUCUAUUUAGUGGCCGGAGGAGAAAUUAUUCUGUGUAGACGCCGAACAUCAUCCAUAGCUCAAUGAAAAUAUGCCACGUCACCUCCUACUUGGUACAACGGCUCGAUACUGCUCGGUACUGAGCUAUGUACUGGAUGAUGUGGUUGCACCUGAUUCUCCUCUGGACGGUAAGCCGUGUCCGGUGUCUGCACAAAAUAAUCUCUCGGCAUAAAGAGUAUCGUUAAAGGUUUAAGUUAAUUUACAAUAUGUUGUGCGUGGCCAUGAUUCUCCUUUCUCCAUCUAUAUGCUUAUAUAAUCUCUCCUACUACUUCACUUCUCCAUUUAACAUAGAAACACAUGGAUCUCACAUUUUGGCUCAGAAUUUAUGCUUCAUUCCUUUUAAUGAUCUUCUUCUCACGAAAUCUUGUAAUAUCAUCAACUCAUAGUUCAAGUGAUGCAGUUGCUCUAUUAUCUUUCAAAUCUCUCAUCACAUAUGAUCCAGAUGGAGCACUUGCCUCUUGGAGAAAUAACUCUCUUCAUUUCUGCAAUUGGCUAGGUGUGACUUGCAACAAUCAAAGUGGUAAUGAACCAAGGGUCAUAGCCUUAGAACUCAUAGGCAUUGAUUUGGCUGGCUCAAUAUCUCCCUCUUUGGGAAACCUCACCUUCCUCCAGAAGCUUCAGAUCUCUGAAACUCAAAUCUAUGGAUCCAUUCCACAUGAGCUUGGAUAUCUUUCUAACCUUGAGUUUCUUAUUCUAAACAACAAUUCACUUACAGGCGAGAUUCCUCACACUCUUUCUCAGUGCUCUCAUUUGCAACUUAUUAAGUUGGAGUUCAAUAUGCUUCAUGGUGAGAUCCCCUCAAAUCUUAGCCUCUGCACUAUGCUUAAUUUCAUUGAUUUCAAUUCAAACAAUCUUACUGGCAUAAUACCUACAAGUUUUGGAGCUUUAAAAUAUCUAGAAGUGCUGAUGCUUCAUAGCAACAAGUUGGUAGCCAUGGAGGAGGGAGAUUGGAAUUUUCUCACUUCUUUGACAAACUGCAGUAAUUUACAUUUUCUUGGGCUGGGAAUGAACAGCUUGACAGGCCAGCUUCCUAUCUCAGUCACAAAUCUUUCAGUGCAUCUUAAAUAUUUAGAUAUGUCGGAAAACCAAAUUUAUGGAGGCAUUCCUUUUGGAAUUGAGAAGUUGGUCAAUUUGCAAGUACUUUCCUUGGGAAUCAAUCAUUUCAGUGGUGUUAUUCCACCAUCUAUUGGAGAAUUUCUCAGGUUAAAUAUCUUAUAUAUUGAAAAUAAUAAAUUUUCUGGAGCAAUUCCACCUUCAUUUUGCAACCUCACGUCUCUUUCAGAGCUAUAUAUAGGUAUCAACAACCUUGAAGGUGGUAUUUUACCAUGCCUUGGCAACCUCACCUAUCUCACCGUAUUAGAUUUGAGUAAAAUUAAUCUUAUCGGAGAGAUUCCCUCUUCUUUAGGACAUCUAUUGAAACUUAAUAAAUUGUAUCUCAGUUUUAAUAACUUGUAUGGAAACAUACCACCAUCUUUAAGAAAUCUAAGAUUCUUAGUUGUACUAGAACUAGGGUAUAAUAAGCUUGGUGGAUUUAUCCCAGAAUCUCUUUGGAAUCUCACUUGUCUCAUAGACUUGGGCAUAGAAAAUAAUAGUUUAAUUGGUAUUUUACCAAUGAAAACUCUUCCUUCUCUUAAACAUCUUCGCCUUUCAUAUAACAACCUUCAUGGGCCCAUUACCACCUUCUUGUUCAACUCUUCUGGAAUAGAAUUACUUCAACUUUCUAAAAAUUUAUUUGAUGGGCCAAUACAUAGUAAUAUAGGGAAUUUAAAAAAUCUAUCAAUUGUAUUAUUCGCUGGAAAUUUCUUGCAAGCAAGAGACCUCAAAGAAUGGUCCUUCAUUACGGCACUAACCAACUGUACUAAUUUGAAGAUACUAGAGCUAUUUUCUAAUGAAUUAGAAGGAAUCUUACCUCAAUCAAUAGUAAAUCUAUCUACAACAUUGUCAUAUUUAGAAUUAAGCUGGAACAAAAUAUCUGGAAACAUACCUAUAGAGAUAGGAAAUCUCAUUUGUCUUAACUUGUUAAACUUAGGAAAUAAUAAUCUCUCAGGCACCAUUCCUAUGGGGAUUGAAAAGUUGAACUCAUUACAAGGAUUAUAUUUACAUGGUAAUAGACUUUCAGGUGAAAUUCCUCACAACAUUGGCAACCUUUCAUUGCUAAAUAAUCUUUUUUUAGAUCACAAUGAUUUGAGUGGGCAUAUUCCCUCUAAUCUUGGAAGUUGUAAACAACUAACGCAGUUGGGCCUUCAAUUCAACAAGUUCAUGGGCACCAUACCAAAAGAAAUCUUUAGCAUCACUUCUCUAUCCAUCGGUAUUGACUUGUCAAACAACUUGUUGACUGGAUUGCUCUCUAUCGAUGUUGGCUUCUUAGUAAAUCUAGAAUUUAUUGUUUUGUCGAACAACAAAUUAUCAGGCUAAAUUCCAAGCCAGCUUGCUCAAUGCGUGCAACUCAAAUAUCUUUUCAUAGACAACAACUUAUUUCAAGGGAACAUUCCAUCAUCUCUUAAAUUGUUAAAAAGUCUUGUGUGGUUUAAUCUUUCAUAUAACAAUUUAUCUGGAAAAAUACCCAAAUUCUUAGAAUCCCUUAAAUAUUUGGACCUCUCUUACAAUAAGCUUGAAGGAGAAGUUCCACAAAAUGGUAUUUUUCUGAAUAGAAGUGCUU